GCUGCACAGCUUGUAGUCUGGGACGUUUUUCAGAACCUUGUUGUGCAUGAAACAUCAACUAAACUGUUCUACAGUGUUAAACUGUUCUUUAUAUUAAGAUGAUUCUAGAGUUGUGGACAUGCGUUUUUUCUGCAUUGUACUUUUACGUGCACGGUGCAAAACUUCCGGAACCUGAGGUCGAAAUAGAAGUUUUAUACAAACCUUUCCUUUGUCAUCGUAAAUCCAAAUACGGAGAUAUUCUUCUGGUUCAUUACGAAGGUUUUCUGGAGAGUAAUGGCACAAUGUUUCAUUCCAGCCGCCGUAAUGGAGACACAAACCCUGUUUGGUUCACGUUGGGAAUCCGUGAGGCGAUCAAGGGCUGGGACAAAGGUCUUCAAGGCAUGUGUGCAGGGGAGAAGAGGAAACUGACCAUCCCUCCAGCUCUUGCAUAUGGCAAAGAGGGCAAAGGUAAAAUCCCACCAGAGAGCACACUGAUCUUUGACAUUGAGAUCAUCGAGAUCCGAAAUGGGCCUAGAUCACAUGAGUCCUUUCAGGAAAUGGACAUCAAUGACGACUGGAAACUUUCCAAAGCAGAGGUCAAAGAAUACCUGCGUAAAGAGUUUGAGAGACAUGGAUAUGCCGCCAAUGACACCCAUCAUGAAGUGAUGGUUGAGGACAUCUUCCAAAAAGAAGAUGAAGACAAUGAUGGAUUUAUAUCAGCUCGGGAGUUCACCUACAAACAUGAUGAGCUAUAAAAACAUCACACUCCUCCAGAACAGUGUUAGUGUUUAACUUAAGAGAUUCCAGUAUUAUUCCAUUUACAGCUUGUCAGUGUCAUGUUACAGUAGAUCUAAACAGGUAUUCUGUUAUCUACAGGUCAUGUCUGUAAUUUAUUGUUUUUAGGUUUUUUAAAUACACUCAGGUGGUGGUAUGUUUGAGCCGUUUAUAGAUUUUGAAGAUCUUCUUCAAUU